AUGGCUCUUGCAAGUGGACAUUGGGUUGAAAAAGAAAUUCGAGGGGAACCACCAAGCCCUAGACAUGGUCAUGCGCUUGCUGUGGCAGGAAAUCUCGCUUUCUUGUUUGGAGGAGUAUCAACCGCGAGCGCUGAGGAUGAUCAUCCCGUGUAUCUGAAUGAUUUUUACAUGAUUACAGUAACACCAUCUCUCAUCACAUGGGAGGUGAUGCCCCAGAAUGGAGUCAUCCCAGCGGCCAGAGGGGGGCACACUCUUUGUGUGGUUAAAGGGAAGCUCUUUUUGUUUGGUGGUUCCUCUCAUCCUGAAGCUAAGGAAUGUCUCCCUGGAGUCUAUUGCUUUGAUAUUGUGUCACUGACUUGGGAGAAAUUAGUCACCAAGGGCCUGCCCGUGCGGACGCUAUACCACAGCUCAGCGGCUGUGGGAGACAACAUCUAUGUUUAUGGAGGACUUCUGGACGGAGUUCCCACCGAUGACCUCAUGAUGUUUAACACUGUAUCUUUGACUUGGACACCCAUUAAAACCACUGGAACUCUGCCCUCUGCAAGAUACAAUCACUCGUUCGCUGUGGUGAACGAGCUGGUCUACUUGUUUGGAGGAUGCUCAGAAGACGAGUGCUACCAAAAAGACAUUCAUGUCCUGAACACAGGGACCCUGACUUGGCAGAAAUGUGAGGUCAAAGGUGAGUCACCCCCUUCCUGUGCAGGGCAGACCCUUACCGCUCACCACGACAAGGACAUCUACUUAUUUGGGGGUAAAAUCACCAACUCGGAUGGAGUGGUCACUUCAACCAAUGAAAUUCACAAGUUAAGCAUUGCAAAGAUGAAAUGGAAGGUGCCACUGUAUGUGGGAAUCCCCCCAGCCAGACGGCACGGCCAUGCAACUUUCAUCCUUCACAGUCAUUUGUACGUGUUUGGGGGUAAAAAUGAGGAACAGGAUUUCAGUGAUUUAAAGAUAAUGAAACUAAUCAACCCGUCAGAGAGACAACCAGUGAUGAAGGAGAUUUUGUCUGAGUUUGGACUUCAAGGAGUCAGCAAUGGCUUUUCUCCAACGAAGAUUCCAAACGUCAAGUAUGAGCUGAGUGAAUCCCCACUGCCUUUACAGAUAGAGGAAAACACCUCUACACAGGCCACAGGUCACAGGGAUUUCACUGCUGUCCGAGAUGAGGCAAUGAAUAUGAUUCAUAAGGCUUUCUCAAUGCUGGAUGAGGAGUUCCAAAAACUCGACAGAGAAAAAUCAGAGCUUUCCCAGGCAGAGCGCACUCUUCAGUAUGAGAGAGAGGCCCACGCUGUACAUUAUCAGAGGCAAAAACAGGAACUUCAGGAAAUGCUGGAGCGUCAUAAAGCCCAAAAUGAGGCCUGGCUACGUGCUCGAGCAGAGGAGAACGACAAGGAAAGGAAAGAGCUGUGUAAACUAAGGGAGGAGAUACUGCACGAGCAAGAGAGGCUUAAAGAGGAGCAGUACAACAUCCAAAAACGCAGUGAGCACCUCCUGUCUAUUAUGCAGCAGUUCAAAGGCAUGUGA